UCGUGUCCUUUUCAGACGAGCGUCAUCUUUGCGGGAUCUCUUCUCAAGUUUUCGCCCGUUUACCCACCAACUGCUGCCCUCGCCGGUCACUUGACGUGGACAUCAGCUGGAAGAGGGACUCGGGGAUUCAGCUCACAUCGCGACAAAUAAAACAACAUGCCUGGACCAGCAGCAAGUGCCACCAAUGUUGGGGCGUCUAGCCGUUCCCCCAGUAAGACGGUGGCUCCCCGUGCAGCAGGCUCCACCGUCAGACAGAGGAAAGCUACCAGCAGUGGAACACGCAGCGGUGGCAGGACCACAGGAUCAGCCGGCACUGGUGGUAUGUGGCGCUUCUACACAGAAGACUCGCCAGGUCUCAAAGUCGGCCCGGUGCCAGUGCUGGUAAUGAGUCUACUCUUCAUUGCGUCAGUCUUCAUGCUGCACAUCUGGGGGAAGUAUACCCGCUCUUAAACCCAACGAUGACCUCUGACCCUGCAACUUGGCUUCUAAACACAUUGGAACUGGACCAAACAAGAAAUGAUCAACAACCUGACUCUCAUAGUUCCCCUCUUCACCAUCCUUGCAACACACAGACAUAAACUGGAU